AUGGACUCCGCUGUUGCUAGUGUAUCUGCUAACCUUAAUUCGGUACCGGUCCUUAAUGGUAAUAACUUUAAGGACUGGAAGGAGAACAUUUUUAUUGUUCUUGGCUGCAUGGAUCUUGACCUUGCAUUAAGGAUGGAUCGUCCUGCUUCUCUUACGGAUACCAGUACCUCCGAGCAAAGGAGGAUUUAUGAGAAGUGGGACUGUUCAAACCGCAUGAGUCUUAUGAUCAUUAAGCGCGGCAUACCUGAGGCUUUUAGGGGUGCAGUGUCCGAGGAGGUCACCGAUGCCACAACUUUCCUUGCUGAAAUUGAGAAGCGCUUUGCGAAAAGCGAUAAGUUGAAGGCACUAAAGCUUGAGCUUUUAGAUGACUUGCUUGUGCAUUUAGUGCUUAUCUCUCUUCCUCCACAAUUCAGUCAAUUUAAGGUCAGUUACAACUGCCAAAGGGAGAAGUGGACUGUUAAUGAGCUCAUUUCAUUUUGUGUUCAAGAGGAAGAAAGAUUGAAGCAAGAGAAGACUGAAAGUGCUCAUUUGGCAAGCACCUCUAAAGAUAAGGGCAAGAAAAGAAAGAAUGAGGCUGCUAAGGAUAAAGGUCCUGCACAUAAGAAACAAACUCAAGCCAAUAAUGAUGAUGCUUGUUUCUUUUGUAACAUGAAAGGACACAUGAAGAAGGAAUGUGCUAAGUAUAUUGCAUGGCGAGCAAAGAAAGGGUUGCCUGAGUUACCGAAAGCCAAAUGAUGCUGAAAGAAGCAUUUAUGUGGGAGAUGGCAAGUCGGUAAAUGUGGAAGCAAUAGGGCAUUUUAGGUUGUUAUUAAGUACUGGUUACUAUUUGGAUUUGAUAGAUACUUUUGUUGUACCGUCUUUUAGACGGAAUUUGGUUUCUGUUUCUUGUUUGGACAAAUUGGGUUAUUGUUGUUCAUUUGGAAACAAUUGCUUUAGUUUAUCUAUUAAUUCAAAUACUGUUGGAACUGGUUCACUUAUGGUUUAUGACAACUUAUAUUUGCUUGA